GUUUCGAGUCCCUGACUUUUUUCUAUAGGUUCAACCUAAAUCGUUGUUGCGUUGAUCCUUCGAGCUUGCAUUUAUCGGUUCCAAUAUGGGGAAAGAAUCGGACGAUGCAGUCCCUCAAGAAUACCCAUAUUUCUGGUCCAAGGGGUCAAGCAUAGCGUUACCAGACUUUCUAACGAAGUAUAAACCGUCCAUGGUCCAGAACGACGGCACCAAGCCAUGGAUAUGGGUCGAAGGAACCAAACGAAACCCAAAUACAUCUGAAUCUAAUGCAGCUGCUGCUAUCAGUGAAGCUGCAGCAUUGCUGAAGGAGGUGUCACAGAGAGUGGAAGAGAUCAAGAAUGAUGAUUCUAUCCCCAUGCGCUCUAACAAAAAGACAGGAGCAAAGAGCAAAAAGGAAGUCCGUGAGAAGGUACAAGCAGACGCUACCGAGAAACUGAAAGAUAUAUCUAUUAAGCACAACUACGUUUGUGGAAAAUGGUUAAUAUUCGCACCCGCAGAUAAAGUAGACUUAAUAUGGUCCAAGAUCGCUACAUCGCUUGUGUCUGGAGCCCUUGCUUCAACUUGUGCAUUUCUGACGAAAGUGGCAACAUCACCGGCAAAUGAGACUCCACAUCAUCAACACGUCAUCUGUCUCUAUAUCCCAGAUGUCUACGACAAAGAAGCUGUCACAGAUGUCAUGAAAGUACUGUUGAGAAACCACGGUGUCAAUCUCAGUGGCGUAAAAUCGGAUUUAUACACAGGAGCAGGACUCGAUAGCAAACACUCAAGCGGAAUUCCAUCAACUGUGUGGAAAAACACCACUCUGCUCGCAGAUUCUGAGAUAAAGGACCUCAAAGAUAUCUAUUUCUCAGAGCUGAAUGUUGCUUCGACCUCUAUAGCAAAACCUGACGAAAAGAAAGACCAGCCUUCCACCACUACAAAGAAAAAGCCUGUUCCCAAGAAGAAAAUCCAAGAGGAUGAUCCUUUUGCAUCUGAGGACGAGGCUGAUGCUCAAGAAGCGGAACGGAAACAAAAGGUGCAAGCGAAGGGGAAAUCAGGAAAGAGACCCCAAACAAGCGAUAUGGAUGAGAACGCAGACGAGAGUGUCGAACCGAAAACAAAGAAGAAAAAGAGUACACGGUGACCACCUCACUCAUUACAUUGUCAUUUUUAUUUUUGUAAUCCCAUGUUGGCUCGCCUUGUGUAUAUUAUUCUCUGCUUCCUUUGUUUUUCGAACCAGUUCUAACCGCGGCCUAUCGUCGCAUGCAUCAUGUGUCAGCCCACGAGUAUUUCCGUCGCAGUUUCCCGUGACGACAAUCAGGGUGCGCCCUCAAAACUGUGCUGUACCUUUCCUGUGUUAACUCUGCACGUGUGUGGCGUAGAUACGGCGCCAUUCACCAUGCAGCAAGAACUGCGAUCAGACCCUCAAACUUUGUUCCAACAAGAGUCGUGGUAAACGGACACCCCUUGGUAGCGCUU